UAAAAUUCCAUUGUUACGUUUAAUCGAAAUACUUGCACGUGUAGCACGCAAAACAUAAAUGUACGCAUUUGAUUAACAAAGAGAUAAACAAUAAAUAUGGGAAAAUUAAAUGUUACGGUGUUGCGAUACCUGACCAGAGAGGACUUCCGUGUGCUGACAGCCAUCGAAAUGGGCAUGAAGAAUCACGAACUGGUGCCCGGUCCACUGGCCGCUGCCAUUGCGAACCUCAAGACAGGCGGAGUCCACAAGUUGCUCAAGGAGCUGUGCAAGCACAAACUCUUAUCCUACGAGCGAGGCAAGAGAUAUGAUGGUUAUCGCUUGACAAACACAGGCUACGAUUAUCUUGCACUAAAAUCCUUGACGCUGCGUGGAUCUGUGAGUUCCUUUGGUAACCAGAUCGGCAUUGGCAAGGAAUCGAACAUCUAUGUGGUUGCUGACGAGGAUGGCACGCCCAUUUGCCUUAAAUUGCAUCGUUUAGGUCGCACUUGCUUCCGCAAUGUAAAGUCAAAGCGGGAUUAUCAUGGACGCAGACAUAAGGCAUCCUGGUUGUAUUUGUCGCGCAUCUCGGCGACUCGUGAGUUUGCCUACAUGUCGGCGCUGUAUGAUCGUGGCUUUCCCGUGCCCAAGCCCAUUGAUUUCAAUCGCCACUGUGUGCUUAUGGAUCUAGUCAAAGGCUGGCCAAUGACACAAGUACAUGAGCUGCUGGAUGCUCCGCAGGUUUAUGAUGACCUCAUGAAUCUCAUUGUGCGUCUGGGCAAUUCGGGAGUUAUUCAUGGUGAUUUCAAUGAAUUCAAUUUGAUGGUCACCGACGAAGGCAAACCUAUUCUCAUUGAUUUCCCACAAAUGAUGUCCACUUCUCACGAGAAUGCUGAAUUCUUCUUUGAGCGUGACGUGAACUGUGUUCGUGAAAUGUUCCGUCGAAAGUUUGGGUACGAAAGCGAGGAUUAUCCCAAGUUCAGUGACUUGGUUCGUGAGGAUGACCUGGACGCUGAGGUACAUUGCACUGGCUAUGGUUUCACCAAGGAAAUGGAGCAAGAGCUGCUACAGGAAUACGGCAUGGUUGAACUCGACGAACACCCGGAUGAGGAGGAAAACGAGGAACAAGCUGGUGAUGAUGAACCACCAACUUUGGUGCCUGCUGCUGCCGAGAUUGACGAGUAUCGGAGACAGUUGGAGAAUGAAGUCUCGUACAGUGAGACGAAAGUUACACAGAAAUCGGAUGAUGCUAUUAGGCGAUACAUUGAAUCGUGUACACAGUAUUUGGGCAAUCUGAGUAUUGGUCCCGAAGUCUCUGAUCAGACCUUGGCUGCAGCACCAAAAGACAUCGAAACUAUCGCCCCAAUUGAAGAAGUCAACGAGAAACCCAUAGAAGCAGUGCCGACUCUAGCGGAAACAACAACAAAAGCAGUUGAAGAUGCGCAUUCCAUCAGUUCCAAUGACUUGGAGACGGAUGACAUGCCUGAACUGGCCGGUCUCGAUCCCAAUUCUCGCAUGUAUCGCCUCAAAAUGGUCGAACAGAUGCUUAACGAUGCGCGCAGUCAGCGUUCCUACUCCACCACAGCCAGCACAAUAGCUCCCUCAGUGAUCACGGAUCGCAUACGCCGUAACAUGGAUAUACGGGAGAGGCGCGACCAUCGCAAGCGCUGCGUUGCCAAGGGAGAGGCAAGUGCUGUGCAUCGUCAUCGUAAGGAGAACAAGGAUGUGGUCAAGGAAUACGCGGGCUGGGAUUUUUAAUUCAUUUUGAUUUGUCACUUCGAUAAACUUUUAUGUAUAUAAUCGUUGAUACAAAUCUAUUAAAAUAUUUACAUUUAUGAUUUACUAA